UCAAGAUGUAAACAUCACGCGAUAAUUAAUAAGCUCCCUAAUUUUAACCACGUACCCCUGAGCAUGUGGCUUUUUGUUCACCGCCCAGUAGGCAAAUCAUUCCGCAAUCGGAAGACAUAGUGGUAGGUUGCUCAAGAUGUUCCAAGCGGACCGCCGAGAUCUGUCCUGCCGGUCGUCCAAGUUGGCUUCGCCGCAGGAGCAGGAUCAGCCGAGACUGGUCCAGGUUCCGGAUCCUGACCGCCAGGACAUGCAGUUCCCGGACAUUUGGCUGCGUGACAAUUGCCGCUGCAAGGAGUGCUAUCUGCCACAGACGCUGAGUAGGUUGCCCCAGCUGUGGAACCACCUGGACACCAGUGUGCGCGUCCUGCGGCAGAGCGUGGACCUGGACCAGGAGGUCCUGUGUGUGGAGUGGUCCGAUGGACAUGCCUCCCAGUAUCCGUUCAGUUGGCUGAGGGAGCGGGACUUCUCAUCGGCGAACCGCCAGCGAUACCUGCGCGACUUUUACCGCCCGGAGCAGAAGUUGUGGAGCGGUCUGGACUUUGAACACAUACGCCAGAUGUUCUACUACCGGGAACUGAUCACUUGUGACUCGGCGCUGCAGCAAUGGCUCCACCACCUGGCGGUUUUCGGAGUAGCCUUGGUCAAGGAAGCGCCCCUGGACAUGGACGUCCUUCGCAGGUUGUCCAACCGGGUGGGCUUCAUGCGGCGCACCACCUAUGGAGAGGAGUUCAGUGUUCGGGCUCAGCCUGGCGCCAGUAACUACGCCUACUUGGCCGCACCCCUCCCGCUCCACACGGACAUGCCCUACUUCGAGUACCUGCCCGGAGUGACCAUGCUGCACACCCUGGAACAGUCCGCCUCGCCCGGUGGGGUCAAUCUGCUGGCCGAUGCCUUCUAUGUGGCCGAGGUGAUGCGGGAACGCUAUCCGGAGCAGUUCCGCAUUCUCUGCCAGACGCCCGUGGAUUGGGCGGACAUCGGUAGCGACGGCGACCUGCACUUCCACAACAUCUGGAGGGCACCGGUCAUCAACUUGGACGCGGAGGGCAGGUGUGUGCGCAUCAACCACAGCAUUCCGCAGCGCGACAGCCACUUCAGCGUGCCGGUGGAGCAGGUGCGUCCCUGGUACGAGGCGAUGGCCACCUUCGUGGGCCUGGCCCACGAGCACUCGUGCAGAUUCAAGACCACGCCCGGCGACGUGCUCACGUUCGACAAUUUGCGCCUGGUCCACGGACGGACCGGUUACGACGACACGGACCGCAAUGUGCGCCACAUCCUGGGCGCCUUCGUCGACUGGGACAUCGUGUACUCGCGCCUGAGGGUCCUGCGGAGUGCCAGUGCCACCUCCAGUUCACCUGAUGCCCCUUAGAUAGCAGCAGCAGCAUCCUCAUGUGCUCAUUGCCACAUUAAUUAGCCAUUUAUCAAUGCCAAAACGCUUUGAUUGACAUCGCAAUGUAGCAGC